CUCACUUCAUUCCGCAUCUACUCUCUCUCCCUCUCUCUCUCUGUGUACACUCGGUAACUGUCUCUCCCUUCGCAUGACGCCUUGCAGUAUGCAUACAUAUUAGCGGUUGUUCAGGCGGUUAGGGUUUUCUUGGAUCGUUUUCGCCAUAAGGACGACGAGCUCUAGGGUUUAGAUCUCGUUCGACAUUUUAUUAUUCGCCUUGGUGAUUGUAUUGGUUCCUGGGGUUUGAUUUUAUUAUCGAGGUAAACAUUACGGACCAUUGCUUAAAAUCGCGGGAUUGGAUUCGUUUUUUCUUCUUGUUACCGUGGUUAUCUCGAUCGAAGUUGGGUUUUGGACGGAAUGAGGUCCAUGUGACUGUUUUACCUUCGUUUAUUUCCUGGAAGACGAAGGCGUCACGGCAUUUGUUCUUGCCGUUUCUGCCGCGUUCAUGGUCUGGUUGCGCGUUUGUAUGCGGGUUUGCUUCCUUCGAUUGUUCUAAGAGGACAAGAACCGUGAUCUGAUUUUAAUAUUGUUUGGAAGGAUCUAAAGUUUUCUACUUCGGAAUUGGAAGCAAUUGCGGUGACUGGUUGGUUUUCUAGGGAAAUGAGAUGUGAGUUUGAUAUUUAGUUUUUUUUUUUUUUUUCAUCGAAGGCAAAUAUUUUUGCUGGAGGGGUUUGAAAUAAAAGGAAGGUGUGGUUUAUUGUUUUUUGCGAUCAUGUUUGCUUCUCAUGGAAAAAGGUGAACCUACAUUAGUUCCAGAAUGGUUGAGAAGCCCUGGAAGUGUCAGUGGGGGUGGCAAUUUGGCCCACCAUUUUGUCUCAACUUCUUCAACUUCAGCAAACUAUAAGAGAAGAUAUCCAAGGAACGUGGGUGAUAAAGAUAGUUCUCAUUCUGAGUUUUUGGACCGAACUUCUUUGUCCAAUCGUCAGCGUAGUUCAAGCAGCAACAGUUCCUCAAAGCAUCCUUAUAGUAGUUUUGGUAGGAGUCACCGUGAUAAAAACCGUGACAAAGUUAGAGAGAGGUCUGAUAGUGGAGAUCUAUGGGACCAUGAUGGUUUGGAUCCACUAGGUGAUAUUUUAAUUAGUAGGCGUGAGAAAGAUACCUUGAGCCCCUCUCUCUCGGUAUUGUAUAGGAAGCCCGGCGAGGUGUUUCGCCAAAGAGCAGGGGACACAAAAAAUGGUUGCAGCAACAAACCCACUUGCAGCACAUUUUCUGGAGGUAAUUUUGCUAACAGCAUCCAUAAAACUGGAUUUGAAAAUGAUUUUCCUUCUCUUCGAACUGAAGAGAAGCAAGGAGUGCCUGAUGCAGGAAGAGUUUCAUCUUCUGGUCUGAGCUCUGCUGUACAGAGCUUGCCUCUUAGCAGUCCAGGAUUUGCUGGUGGUGAAAGGUGGAACUCUGUCCUGGUCGAGGUUCCCACAAUAAUUGGCAGCAAUAGAACCAGUUCCAUGCCUGUUCAACAAGGUACUGGUGUUACCUCAUCAUAUGGGGCUUCAAGUUCCGUGGCAGGUCUUAAUAUGGCUGAGACACUGACACAGGCUCCGUCACAGCCUCGUACUAUGCUCCAGCAACCUGAUAAGACACAAAGGCUCGAGGAAUUGGCUAUUAAGCAAUCUAGGCAAUUAAUACCGAUGACACCUUUGAUGCCUAAAGGCUUGGUUCUUAGCUCUGAUAAAUUGAAGCUCAAGACAGCUGUGAGAGCCAGUGAGAUGACUGGGGCAAUGAAGAGCGCACAGAGGCAAUCCCACUCAAAUCAACUCUCUAAUCAGUCUAUUCGUGGGGAACAACUGAGGUUGGUUGCUCCAAGAUCAUCUCAAGCUGGGAAGUUUCUUGUUCUCAAGCAAGCUAGGGAGAAUGGUGUCUCCUCUAUGGCAAUGGAUAUACCUAGCCCAACAAAUAACGACAACAGAUUAGCAAGUGGUGAGCUUGCUGCUGCUCAUGUGUCCAUUUCUGCUUCUUUGAAGACCAAGAGUAGCUCCAAGCUUUCCACAGUUGAACACAAGGUAGCUGCUUUGGCUGUAGGUACUGGAUCCGCUAUGGAAAAGAAAUCUCCCUCUUCUCAUGCUCAAAGCCGCAGUGAUUUUUUCAAUCUCAUGAGGAAGAAGACCUCAAUGAACACUUCUGGCAUCCUAUCAGAUUCAGGGGUUGCUGUUUCGUCUUCCCCUAUGGAUAAAUCUGGUGAAGUAGUCCAGGAAGCCUGUCCUACUGUUUGCCCUUGUAUUGUUGGGAAUGGUAAUGAGGUGGCUAGCCAUGGGCAUACACAUGAAAGGGAGAACAAUUUGUGCCUAAAUGAAGCAGUUUAUGCUGACGAGGAAGAGGUUGCAUUUCUUCGUUCUUUGGGUUGGGAGGAAAAUGCUGGAGAAGAUGAUGGCCUCACAGAGGAGGAGAUAAAUGCAUUCUUUGAAGAGUACAAGAAACUGAGGCCAACCUUGAAAAUUUGUAGAGGAGUGGAGCCCAAACUUUCAAUGCUCUCUGAAUCACGCAUGGCUGGUUUAAGCAAAGCAUCUUCCAACUGAGCUUGUUGAACAUGAAACUGAAGCUUGGUGAUUUUCUCAUGUAAGAAGAGGGUCUGGAAAGUUUUUAAUUUUUGUUGGUAGAUGUUUUGUUCCUUGUUGUUUCAUCUCUGUUCUGGAAGAAGUUUGAUGAGUACAGCAGCAUGAAAAGCAGUGGAUAGUAAAACCAGUCCUCAUCCUGCCUUCCGCGAAAAAGGCAUGAGAAAUUUUGGGUUUUUAAACCUUUGGUUAUUGCAAUCAGUAGUAUGCUGUGGAUGAUGAUGCUCUUGGUUUUGGUUUUGGUUUUGGUAUGGUUAUGCAAUUAGCUUUCCGGUUGAGAUUUAAAAUUUAGCCGAUGGAGCUUUGUUAUGGUGGAUUUGGUCAAUUUUACAUGAAAAAGAAAAGGAAGCAUGAAAUUUUUUA